CAACGGAACUAUCUGCAAAGAUCACAGUGUGACGUAAACGACGAUCUAAACAAGUAUCAGCUGUGUAGCAGUCAUUGUUCGUAUCCGUUUUGGCAGUCGUACAAGAAUUCUGUUUUUCUUCGUUUUCUGAUCGUCGGGCAUCAGGUCCGACGGGACAGACGGUGUACGGAUUAGUUUGAAAGAGAAGUGUAAAAAAAAGGGGGGAGGCUACGAGUUUUCCGUGCAACGCAACCGUGGCUGCGUGCGUGCUCCAGCCCCAGCCCCACCAACGAUCUUAGGGACAAUAAUCGUGUGAAAAACGGGGCGGUACGCGCAUAAGCCUGGCCUCGAGCAGCGAGUCAGACGACGGUGGACUCGCUCCGCCACCGUGCAAAAGGUCUCGUAGUUCUCUGCCGACUACCCUACGACCAGCGGACGAGCACCACACCGAUCCUGAGAUGGAAAACUAUCGAAUCUCAAGACGUAUCGACGUCGGAUUCCUUUCAUAUGUGCUGUCUAUCAAGCGGUUUUCUUAUUUCUUGAAAUCCUUUCAUCGAAUAGUCAUAGAUCUUUUGUAUACAAGCAUAGAAUUUUAAAGUUUUUGCAAAAAAAGUAAAAAGAAGAAAUACUUGAGUCAAGAUAGAAUGUACCGAUUAAUACACAUAAGUGUUAAUAUUGCGGAGUACCAUUGUCAUCACGGGUAACAUUUCCGUGUGCAUGACAGCAUAAUGCAACAGCAGACUUCAAACGGUGGCAUUUCGUCCGGGCUUCAGCAAAAUGGCUCUACAGCUGACUCUGGCGGACCUCAUGCGAAUGGCAACGUGAUACCGGAAUCAGAUAAUGACAUCAAUGGUGUGAACGGGGAAACGAAUCAAAACUUAGGACCUCCGAAAGUAAUGGACAAAACUAAUCAAGAUAUUGUGAGACUCAUUGGACAACAUUUGAAGACAGUUGGACUUAAUCGUACCGCAGAUCUUCUUAUGCAAGAGUCAGGUUGUCGUCUAGAUCAUCCAGCAGCAGCAAAGUUUAGACAGCAUGUUAUGGAUGGUGACUGGACCAAGGCAGAACAUGACCUUAGUGAGCUUAAAACAUUUUUAAAUGGUGCAAAUCAAAGUCUAGUGGAAAUGAAGUUCUUACUACUAGAACAAAAAUACUUAGAAUAUUUGGAGGAAGGAUUAGUAUUGGAAGCAUUGCAAGUUUUACGCAAUGAACUCACACCUUUAGGUCAUAACACAGGUCGUGUCCAUCAAUUAUCUGCAUUUAUGAUGUGCAGUGGACGUGAUGAAUUGCAGACACGUGCAGGCUGGGAUGGCAAAGGUGCAGUUUCGAGAGCUGCUCUAAUGGACAGACUACAGAAAUACCUGCCACCCUCUAUUAUGUUACCACCACGACGCCUUCACUCUCUUUUGUGCCAAGCUGUGGAAAUGCAAAAUCAACAGUGUACAUACCAUGUAACACACACUCAGACAAGUUUAGAGAACGUAUCGUUACUCGUGGACCACAGCUGUAGCAAAGAACAGUUUCCGUGCCAUACUAUACAGGUGCUCAAUAAUCAUUGUGAUGAAGUAUGGUAUUGUAAAUUCUCUCCAGAUGGUCGUAAGCUAGCUACAGGUUCUAAAGAUAUGACAGUAAUUAUUUGGGACGUGGAUCCAGAAACAUUAAGAGUAACACACAGAAAAACGCUAGAAGGUCAUACUUAUGGAGUGGCACUAAUUGCUUGGAGUCCUGAUAGUAGUCUUUUAAUCGCUUGUGGACCUGAAGAUUGUCCUGAGCUUUGGCUUUGGAGCAUCGACCCGCCUGACUAUGAACUACGUGCAACAGUAACUCAGAAUACCGACGAUUCACUUACGGCAUGUGCUUGGUAUCCUGAUUCACGUAAAUUUGUGGCAGGAGGUCUUCGUGGACAAUUCUAUCAAUUUGACAUCGAAGGCAAUGUAUCAGAAUCUUGGGAAGGAGUUCGAGUGAAAUGUUUGUGGUGUAAAAACGAUGGUAAAACGGUUCUUGCUGCUGAUUCACAUCACCGAAUUCGAGGAUAUAAUUUUGACGAUUUAUGUGACUUUACAAUAUUACAAGAAGAUCAUCCUCUAAUGUCAUUUAGUGUAAACAAAGCAGAUCGACUUGCACUUUUAAAUGUAGCUAAUCAAGGUGUACAUCUUUGGGAUUUACAAGAUAGAUGUUUAGUAAGACGUUUUCAAGGAGUUACUCAAGGGCAUUUUACAAUUCAUAGUUGUUUUGGUGGUGUAAAUCAAGAUUUUAUUGCAUCUGGCAGUGAGGACACUAAAGUGUAUGUGUGGCAUAUCAAAAGGGAACUACCUAUAGCAAUUUUAACAGGACACAGUAGAACAGUAAAUUGUGUUUCAUGGAAUCCUGUAUAUCAUCAAAUGAUGGCUUCCGUGUCAGACGAUUGUACAGUGAGAAUAUGGGGACCGAGGUCAUCUUCUCCAGAAAAAGGUGAAAGUGACAAGACUGUACCAUUAGAAAGCAACUCCUCAAAUGGUAGUGGAUGGCAUGAAAUGGUAUCGUAGCGAACUACAGUGUAUCAGUGUCCCCAUGACCUCAUGGUGUUCAAAAGACUGUCAUAUUGAUCGUCAUACUGACAUUUUCCUGCCCCCCAGCAGCUAACUCUUUAUGCCUCAUUACUGUAAGUCUGGAUAAAUGACUACCAUUGAGAGUAAAUGAGAGAUACACUAGCAUCAACUGCUAAUUCUUUAAAACUCAAUCGGGCGUUAUUCGAAAAACUGUUUCUUUUUCAUUAAUCAAUUUUGUAUGCAACCUUAACAGCCCGUUUGUUUGUAAAAAACAAAUUCAAAAUUACAUAUGUGAAUUAUUAAUUGAAAGCAAAAAGCAGCAUAAUAUGUCGACUAAUAUAGGUUAUGGUAAAAUAUAAGUUCAACAAAUUCCGUCUUAGCGUUGAUGUAAAAAAGAAAAAUUAAUGUGCAUUAGCAAAAAAGUACUACAAGAAUUAAAAUUUGUGAUUUUGCGAGAUUAUCAUAAAAACUUGUUUUGACAAAAAUUAUGUCAAAUUUAAUCUUUCUAAUAAUAAAAUGCUGUAAAUAACAA